ACACGUAAUUCUUUUACGAUUACAUGUUCCUUUUCUCUCAUCUUCUUGGUCGUUCGCAGUAGUAGGGUUGCAGCAAAUAAACGCCACCACUCCACUCCACUCUGAUUCUCUCCGCCAUAUAUACACACACGCACUCAUCUAUACAUACAACCUGAGCUUGGACUCUAACAAUGGGAGUUUCUCUUCCUCCAAAAGAGGCCACGCUCUUCAAACUCAUCGUCAAAUCAUAUGAAACAAAACAAUAUAAGAAGGGGUUAAAGGCUGCAGACUCUAUACUAAAGAAAUUUCCCGAUCAUGGAGAAACUUUGUCAAUGAAGGGGCUCACAUUGAAUUGCAUGGACCGGAAGUCAGAAGCUUAUGAUCUUGUCCGACUUGGACUGAAGAAUGACUUAAAAAGUCAUGUUUGUUGGCACGUUUUUGGUCUCCUAUACCGGUCGGACAGGAAUUAUAGAGAGGCGAUUAAAUGCUACCGAAAUGCAUUAAGGAUUGAUCCUGACAACCUAGAAAUACUCAGGGACCUGUCUCUUUUACAGGCACAGAUGCGGGAUUUGGAAGGUUUUGUGGAAACUAGACAACAGUUGCUAACGUUGAAACCAAGUCAACGGAUGAACUGGAUUGGCUUUGCUGUAGCCCAUCACUUAAACUCCAAUGCAUCAAAGGCAUUUGACAUCCUUGAAGCUUAUGAGGGAACUCUCGACAAUAAUCAUCCUCCAGAAAAUGAACGUUGUGAGCAUGGGGAAAUGCUGUUGUACAAGAUUUCUUUACUUGAGGAAUGUAACUUACUUGAGAAAGCCCUUGAGGAGUUGCACAGAAAGAAGUCUAAAAUUGUUGAUAAGUUGUCCUAUAAGGAAGUUGAGGUUUCUCUUCUCGUAAAGCUUGGCCAAUUAGAAGAAGGUGAAAAGUUGUACCGAUUGUUGCUUUCCAUGAAUCCUGACAAUUACAGAUACUAUGAAGGGUUACACAAGUGUUUAGGACUACAUUCUGAAAAUGCACAGUAUUCCUCUAAUGAAGUUGAGCAGUUGGAGGCUUUGUACAAGUCACUUGCGCUGCAAUACAGUUGGUCAUCUGCUGCUAAGAGAAUACCACUUGAUUUCCUUAGUGGUGAAAAGUUUCGGGAGGCAGCAGAUAAUUAUAUGCGGCCUCUCCUAACAAAGGGAGUUCCUUCACUGUUUUCUGAUCUUUCUCCGCUCUAUGAUCAACCUGGCAAGGCUAACAUUUUAGAGGAAUUGGCCCUUAGGUUUGAGCAUUCCCUUAAGACAGCAGGAGGUUAUCCAGGAAGAGUAGAUAAAGAGCCCCCGUCAACCCUUAUGUGGACAUUUCUGUAUCUUGCUCAGAAUUAUGAUAGACGAGGCAAUUACGCUAUUGCUCUUGCUAAAAUUGACGAAGCUAUCAAACACACUCCAACUGUGAUCGAGUUAUACACUAUAAAGAGCCGAAUUUUGAAGCAUGGAGGUGACUUGGAAGCUGCUGCUGCUUUGGCAGAUGAAGCAAGGUGCAUGGACCUUUCUGAUCGUUAUGCAAAUAGUUACUGCGUGAAACGCAUGCUACAAGCUGAUCAGGUUAUCCUGGCAGAAAAAACCGCUGCGUUGUUCACGAAAGAUUGGGAUCAGAGCCUACAAGAUAUGCAGUGCAUGUGGUAUGAGCUUGCAUCUGGAGAAAGUUUCUUCCGCCAAGGUGACCUUGGACGAGCUCUGAAGAAAUUCUUAGCUGUGGAGAAGCAUUAUGCUGAUAUCACUGAGGACCAAUUUGACUUCCAUACUUACUGCUUAAGAAAAAUGACUCUACGAGGUUAUAUUGAAAUGUUAAAAUUUCAAGACAGGCUUCAUUCACAUACUUAUUUUCGCAAAGCAGCAGUUGGUGCUAUCAGGUGCUAUAUAAAGCUGUAUGAUGCCCCUUUAGAAACUGUUGCUGAAGAAGAUGAUAUGUCAAAAUUACCCGCUUCUCAGAAAAAAAAGAAUAGGCAAAAACAGAGGAAAGCAGAAGCCCGAGCUAAGAAAGAGGCAGAAGUAAGAUCUGAGGAAUCCAGUGUUAAUGUCUCGAAAGCAGGAAUGCGGCAUGUCAAACCAGUUGAUCCAGAUCCUCAUGGUGAAAAGUUAUUGCAGGUUGAAGAUCCUUUGUUGGAAGCUGCAAAAUAUUUAAAGUUGCUUCAGAAGCAUUCACUUGAUUCCUUGGAGACACAUUUACUUUCUUUUGAAGUAUAUAUGAGAAAGCAAAAAAUCCUGCUUGCCCUUCAGGCUCUGAAACAUCUACAUCGACUGGAUGCUGAGAAGCCAGAUUCGCAUUGUUGCAUGGUUAGGUUCUUUUACAAGGUGGCUUCUAUCCCUACUCCAGUUACCGAAGCUGAGAAACUUAUUUGGAGUGUCUUAGAAGCGGAACAACCUACUUUCAGUCAGUUGCAUGGCAAAUCUCUCCUAGACGCGAAUGCUCUUUUCCUUGAAAAGCAUAAAGAUUCCUUGAUGCAUAGAGUGGCAGCAGCAGAAAUGUUACAUCUUCUAGAGCCAAAGAGGAAAGCUGAGGCUAUUAAGAUUAUCGAAGAGUCACCGAACAGUCCUGUACUGAAAAGUGUAUCAGGCGUAGUGAGAGAAUGGAAACUGAAAGACUGUAUAGCAGUACACAAAAUUCUAGGAACAAUAUCAGAUGAUCAUGCUGUUGCAUCAAGAUGGAAAAAGAGAUGCAGUGAGUACUUCCCAUACUCAACAUACUUUGAAGGUAGUCAGAGUUCCGUGGUUACCAAAAACCGGGUAACUGAUAACAAUGUAAACGGAGGCAUGAAUCAUCUAAAAGCUGAUCAGAAUGCAGCCCCUCUUUCGACAAAUGGAAAAUUAGAAAAUAUAGAGGCACUUAAGAACCUUGCCAUCUAAUCACACACAAUAUAUGUAUGUGCAAGAGAAUACAUCCAUGUCAAGUUACUGAUUGGAGAUGCCCCUCCGGCAAAAGUUGAUCUUAGUAGAGCUUGCCAGGGAACCAUUAUCCAGAUUUAUGCAAAUUCCAAGGUGAUGCUGUCAUAUGUUUGCUGAUAUAACCCUCAAAGGAUGUUCGAGUCGCAUAAUUUAAUAUUCCUUGGAAAUGUGUAUGUUAUCAGAUGACGCAUAUCUCAAGUACAUUUGAAUCCCUUCCAGGAGAGAAGAGGGUUAUAUGUUUUUUUUAUUGCAGGAACUGCACAGCUCGAGGUUAUAGACUCAUGUCAAACAUAGAACAAAUACCCUGCAGUAAAUUAUCUGAGAGAGCAUGUUGUAUUUGCUAAAGCCUCCCUUUUUGUUGCCCAUUAAGCUGACAUGUAUAAUGUACUAUACAGAGUAGUCUCAAGUAAAUGAAAUUUUUUGAGAAGA